AUGUACCUGACUAAAGAAGUCUACGGCGACCCUUCCGUUCACCCCCAGCCAGAGCACUACUGGGGUAACGUGAACCCAUUCGGCCCACGAGCCUGCUAUGACGAAGGAAAACGCGUUGCUGAAGCCCUCUGCUACGCCUACCGAGAGCAACACGACGUCGACAUUCGAAUCGCGCGAAUCUUCAACACAUACGGACCACGAAUGGGCGCAAGCGACGGUCGCGUCGUGUCGAACUUUAUCGCAUCUGCAUUGACCGGCGAGGAUUUAAAGAUUACCGGUGACGGCAAGGCAACUCGCUCGUUUCAAUAUGUCACCGACUGUACGCAGGGAUUGUAUGCGCUCAUGCAGAGCGACUAUAGUAAAGGCCCGGUGAAUAUCGGUAAUAGUCGGGAAUUUACUAUCCAGCAACUAGCUGAACUUGUGAUCGGGCUUGUUUCACAGAUGACUGGCCGGUGUAGGAUCUCUAUUGCGUAUCUGCCCCCGUUGGUGGAUGAUCCUACUGUGCGCAGGCCAGAUAUUACGUUGGCAAGAGAAGUUCUGCGCUGGGAGCCGGUUAUUCGGCUGGAAGAGGGAUUGCGGAGAACGAUCGAAUGGCAUAUCAAUGAGAGGCGGUCUGACUGA